AUGAACGACAUGGAUGUAUUAGUAGAUGAAACCUACUUCUCUGCUUUAUUCGACUAUGAUGAAGUUCUCCCCAUAUCCGAUGUCAACUACGCCACAGAGCUUCAUCUCCAAGAAGCUCUCUUCUCUUCUUUGAUAGCUUCAACGGCUAAGAUCAGUAACCAACACAAAAUCCAAAGGAAUGUCACCACAUUGAUCAAGCAAGAACCAGUGGUAAAAAUCGAGAACGAACCCUUGGAACCAUCUAGAAGGUUAUGCAUGAUCUGCAUGGACGAAAAGCCUUCUUCAGACAUGUUCCGAGGAUCAGUCACUUGCACUCACUCCUACUGCACUCAGUGCACCAUCCGUUACUUGGCGACCAAGAUCAAAGAAAACUCAGCGAAGAUUAAAUGCCCUGACGUGGAGUGCACGCGUUUUAUAGAGCCGUACAUGUGCAGAGAUCUGAUCCCAAAGGAAGUGUUCGAGCGUUGGGAGAAGAUCUUGUGCGAGUCUUUGAUUUCUUCAUGGGACAAGCUUUACUGCCCGUUCAAAGACUGUUCAUCUGUGAUGAUUCUUGACGAUCUUGGUGGUGGUAAUGCUAAUGUGACGCAGACUGAGUGUCCAUCAUGUCACAGAAUGUUCUGCGCUCAGUGUAAGGUUGCGUGGCAUGCUGGGAUUGGCUGUGAGGAGUUCCAAAGAUAUGGGAACACGAAGAAGAAGGGUAGUGAUGCAGAAGAUGCGUUGUUAGUUCAGAUGGCUAAGAAUAAGCAGUGGAGGAGGUGCCCUAGUUGCAAGUUUUAUGUUGAGAAAAGGGAUGGAUGUAUGCAUAUAACGUGCAGGUGUGGAUUUCAGUUCUGCUAUGGUUGUGGAUCAGUGUGGGUUUCUAGUCACUCAUGCUAA